ACAGAUCUUCUCCCAGAAUGAUGCUGGCCCUGAUACUUCUACAAUUUGUCUCUGUUACAGGGAACACUGUUAUCCAACACAUAUUUGACAGACAAUCUACACUAAACAACCUUGAAGCUCAAGAGACUCCAGCCAGUAUCAACCAAGUUCGCUCUGAACUGAUUUGUGUAAGCCUCUGUUCCAGGGAUGACAUCUGUGCUGCCGUGACGUUACAAGAUGGUCAGUGCUCCAUCUACCGCUCAUCCUUACUGACAUCUGGAAAGGCAAAACCAGGCGCCAGGACUUUGGUCAAGAAACAAGGAAAGCCAGUCCGUUCCUGCUCCGAUGUGAAGAAGGUUGACCCCAACGCAGGAGAUGGGGAAUACUGGAUCCACACUGAUGCCCCAUCUUUUAUUGGAUAUCCAUCAAAGAUAUUCUGCCACAACAUGAGCUCUGGAUCUCCCCAAAAGUUCGUGACUCUACCAUUCACAAACACAGCAGUGUAUCCUCAACUAACGAACCAAUACUGCAAGCAAGAAACGACUGUCAUGGUCGGUCUCGGAAUAUCCAACGUUGGUACAACACAUUUCUCUAAAAUCCGAGUCAAUAUUACGACAAUGGCUAUUGUUCGGAAUGAUUUCACCUUCACAUCUGGAACUAGAAAAAAAGGCAAGCAUGGGGAGGCCAAGGACUGUUACACCGAAUAUAGUGAGUCCAGAAGUUGUACUCCCAAAGGCACAUUCGCCAUCAACACUGCAGGAACUGGCAUGAUAAUUGAUAAAAAGGCAAGUGCCCAGAUGUUAUCUCCAGCACAGCAGACGUUCUGCAAGAUGACGUGUUUUUCAGACUUGACGUCAAACAGGUCUGCGGGUCGACGGUACCUGCCUCAAGAUGAUCUGCCAACAGAACAGACUGUGUACCUGUGUUUCAAAUAA